AUGAGCUUUAUGGAUCAAAUCCCAGGAGGAGGAAAUUAUCCAAAACUCCCAGUAGAAUGCCUUCCUAACUUCCCGAUCCAACCAUCUUUGACCUUCAGAGGUAGAAAUGACUCGCAUAAACUGAAAAACUUUAUCUCCGAAAUAAUGUUAAACAUGUCUAUGAUAUCUUGGCCGAAUGAUGCCAGUCGUAUUGUGUACUGCAGAAGACAUUUAUUAAACCCCGCUGCUCAGUGGGCUAAUGACUUUGUACAAGAACAAGGUAUACUUGAAAUAACAUUCGACACAUUCAUACAAGGAUUAUAUCAGCAUUUCUAUAAGCCACCAGAUAUCAAUAAAAUCUUUAAUGCAAUCACGCAACUUUCCGAAGCUAAACUUGGUAUUGAGCGUCUCAACCAACGAUUCAGAAAGAUUUGGGACAGAAUGCCACCAGACUUCAUGACCGAAAAAGCUGCCAUAAUGACAUAUACUAGGCUAUUGACAAAGGAAACCUAUAAUAUUGUCAGAAUGCACAAACCAGAGACAUUAAAAGACGCCAUGGAAGAGGCUUACCAGACAACUGCACUAACUGAAAGAUUCUUCCCAGGAUUCGAACUUGAUGCUGAUGGAGACACUAUCAUCGGUGCCACAACCCACUUACAAGAAGAAUACGACUCUGACUAUGAUUCAGAAGAUAAUCUGACCCAGAAUGGAUACGUCCAUACCGUAAGGACAAGAAGAUCUUACAAUAAACCAAUGUCAAAUCAUCGAAACAGGAGAAAUAACAACCCAUCUAGAGAAGAAUGUAUAAAAAAUCGGCUAUGCUUCUAUUGUAAGAAAGAGGGACAUCGCCUGAACGAAUGUAGAGCACGUAAGGCGAGUUCUAACCGAUCUUGAACUCGAAUCAAAAGACCAACAAACUCCUUUUAUCAAAACCUUACCAAUUGUACACUAUAUCGCCAUCCCCGAGAUGGACAAUACCGCCGAAAAAACCAUAAAAAUACAAAACACGAAAGUAAAAACCCUGUUUGACAGUGGAUCACCCACGUCAUUUAUCCGAAGAGAUAUUGUAGAACUUCUCAAAUACGAAAUCUACGAGACCCCUCCACUCCGUUUUAGAGGAUUCGUAGCCACCAAAUCCGCCGUUACAUCCGAAGCAGUCACCAUUGACCUCAAAAUCAAUGACCUGCAUAUAACUUUAGCCGCGUACAUACUGGAUAACAUGGACUACCAAUUGUUAAUUGGAAAUCCAAUCUUACGCCGCUACCCGAAAAUCCUGCACACAGUACUGAAUACCAGAGAGAGCCCCGACUCCUUAAAGCCCAAGACUUAUCGCUCCGAAACCGUUAAUAACGUUAGAACCUACUCCGCUGGUAAUCGUGGUAACCCCAGAAACAUAAAACUGUCUUUUGCCCCCACCAUUCUCGAAGCAACUGACCCGAAAUCCGCUGGUAAUCGUGGUGACUCCAGAACCAAAACCCUGUCUCUUGCAACCACUACUCCUGCAGCAAUUGACCCGCUUACGACCCUUGAUAACCCAGGUAGUACUCAAAGUACAUUUGCGCAAUUCCCGAUACCUGAAGAAGCGAGCAUCCUAGAAGAGGAUGGAAAAUACUCCAACGUUGUCUCAACCAUUCAGAGUGUAGAACCUAAUGCUACUGAUCACAGCAAUAAGGACACCUUUUGCACUUUGCCAGUUUGGUUACAACAGAAGUAUAGAGAGAUCAUACGUAAUGAUCUCCCACCAAGACCUGCCGACAUUAAUAACAUCCCCGUAAAACAUGAUAUUGAAAUUAAACCUGGCGCAAGACUACCUCGACUACAGCCAUACCAUGUUACAGAAAAGAACGAACAAGAAAUCAACAAAAUAGUUCAAAAACUGCUCGAUAACAAGUUCAUUGUUCCCUCAAAGUCGCCUUGCAGCUCCCCUGUAGUCCUCGUCCCGAAGAAAGACGGUACCUUCCGACUCUGCGUCGAUUACCGCACCCUGAACAAAGCUACCAUCUCCGACCCAUUCCCAUUACCCAGAAUCGACAACCUAUUGAGCCGUAUUGGAAAUGCCCAGAUAUUUACCACGCUAGAUUUGCAUAGUGGUUACCACCAGAUCCCGAUGGAACCCAAAGACCGCUACAAAACCGCCUUUGUCACACCAUCCGGUAAGUAUGAAUAUACCGUCAUGCCAUUUGGCUUAGUCAAUGCACCUAGUACAUUCGCAAGAUACAUGGCUGAUACAUUUAGAGACCUGAGAUUCGUCAAUGUUUACCUUGAUGAUAUAUUAAUAUUCUCCGAAUCUCCAGAAGAACAUUGGAAACAUUUAGACACGGUACUAGAAAGAUUAAAGAACGAGAACCUCAUUGUUAAGAAGAAAAAAUGUAAAUUUGCAUCUGAAGAAACUGAGUUUUUAGGCUAUAGUAUUGGAAUCCAGAAAAUAGCUCCACUACAGCACAAAUGUGCAGCAAUCCGAGACUUUCCGACGCCUAAAACAGUAAAACAAGCACAGAGAUUUUUAGGAAUGAUUAAUUACUACAGACGAUUCAUUCCAAAUUGCUCCAAGAUUGCACAGCCAAUCCAACUGUUUAUUUGUGACAAAAGUCAAUGGACAGAAAAACAAGACAAGGCAAUUGAUAAACUAAAAGACGCCUUGUGUAACUCCCCCGUCCUAGUACCAUUCAACAACAAAGCAAACUACCGACUUACAACAGACGCCUCAAAAGACGGCAUUGGUGCUGUUCUAGAAGAAGUCGACAACAAGAACAAACUUGUUGGUGUCGUCGGUUACUUCUCUAAAUCCUUAGAGAGUGCCCAGAAAAACUAUCCUGCUGGCGAAUUAGAACUACUUGGAAUUAUCAAAGCACUCCACCACUUCCGAUAUAUGCUUCACGGAAAGCAUUUCACGUUAAGAACAGACCACAUUAGUUUGUUAUCAUUACAAAACAAGAACGAACCCGCACGACGCGUGCAACGCUGGUUAGAUGACCUAGCCACAUAUGACUUCACCUUAGAAUACCUAGCUGGACCCAAGAACGUUGUCGCAGAUGCCAUAUCCCGUGCCGUAUAUACUAUAACCCCCGAAACAUCCCGACCUAUCGACACAGAAAGCUGGAAAUCUUACUACAAAUCAGACCCAUUAUGUAGUGCUGUCUUAAUUCAUAUGAAAGAAUUGACACAACACAACGUCACACCUGAAGAUAUGUCAGCCUUCCGUAGUUACCAGAAGAAACUCGAACUAUCAGAGACCUUCCGAAAGAAUUAUUCCCUAGAAGACGAAAUGAUCUAUUACCAAGACCGACUAGUAGUACCAAUAAAACAACAGAACGCAGUUAUGAGACUAUAUCAUGACCAUACCUUAUUUGGAGGACAUUUUGGUGUAACAGUGACCCUUGCGAAAAUCAGCCCAAUUUACUAUUGGCCAAAAUUACAACAUUCGAUCAUACAAUACAUCAGGACCUGCGUACAAUGUCAACUAAUAAAAUCACACCGACCACGCUUACAUGGACUAUUACAACCACUCCCUAUAGCAGAAGGAAGAUGGCUUGAUAUAUCAAUGGAUUUUGUGACAGGAUUACCCCCGACAUCAAAUAACUUGAAUAUGAUCCUCGUCGUAGUUGAUCGUUUUUCGAAACGCGCUCACUUCAUAGCUACAAGGAAAACCUUAGACGCAACACAACUAAUAGAUCUACUCUUUCGAUACAUUUUUUCAUAUCAUGGUUUUCCCAGGACAAUAACCAGUGAUAGAGAUGUCCGUAUGACCGCCGACAAAUAUCAAGAACUCACGAAAAGACUAGGAAUAAAAUCGACAAUGUCUUCCGCGAACCACCCCCAAACAGAUGGACAAUCCGAACGAACGAUACAGACAUUAAACAGGUUACUAAGAGCCUAUGCUUCAACCAAUAUUCAGAAUUGGCAUGUAUAUUUACCACAAAUCGAAUUUGUUUACAAUUCUACACCUACUAGAACACUUGGAAAAUCACCAUUUGAAAUUGAUUUAGGAUAUUUACCGAAUACCCCUGCUAUUAAGUCAGAUGACGAAGUCAACGCAAGAAGUUUUACUGCCGUAGAACUUGCCAAACACCUCAAAGCCCUUACCAUCCAAACGAAGGAACAGCUAGAACACGCUCAAAUCGAAAUGGAAACUAAUAACAAUCAAAGACGUAAACCCUUAUUGUUAAACAUAGGAGAUCACGUAUUAGUGCAUAGAGAUGCAUACUUCAAGAAAGGUGCUUAUAUGAAAGUACAACAAAUAUACGUCGGACCAUUUCGAGUUGUCAAGAAAAUAAACGAUAACGCCUACGAACUAGAUUUAAACUCUCACAAGAAAAAGCACAGAGUUAUUAAUGUACAAUUCCUGAAAAAGUUUGUAUACCGUCCAGACGCGUACCCAAAGAAUAAACCAAUCAGCUCCACUGAAAGAAUUAAGAGAGCACACGAAGUUACUGCACUCAUAGGAAUAGAUACUACACACAAAACUUACUUAUGUCACAUGCAAGAUGUAGACCCAACACUUUCAGUAGAAUACUCAGAAGCUGAAUUUUGCCAAAUUCCCGAAAGAACACGAAGAUCAAUAUUAGCCAACUUUAGACAACUCUACGAAACACAAGACAACCCUGAGAGAGAGGAAGAUGUUGUAUCUCAAAAUGAGAUAUGUCAGUAUGACAAUACGUCACCCUGA